GCUGCUGGCCUCUAUUCGUGGCGCGCAUCGCAUGCAUAGUAGGACGACAGGGAGCGGAGAAGGGGAAGGUGUACCAGUCGGGGCUGGCCAUAGUGGAUGGAGGGGUAGGCCGCCUGCUCAACUUUGGCCGAGAGAGAGAACGAGCAGCAGAGCAGCGAGCGAGCGAGCGGCCGACAUCGACCCUUCUGGUUGUGUGUCAGGCAGGCACCCCCUUAGUGCAAUAUGGAUUCUUGCCCAGUGACACUCUGCCGUGCACCAUGACCUGAUCGGCGCCGCCCGACCUCUUCUUUUCAGCCGAAUCAGCUCCACCUUCCCACAGUUGGCGAUGAGGAAACUACGGCUGAUAAGCACGGUGGUGGUGAGCGGCAUCGUGCUGCUGGUGAAGCCGUGGGCGACGCAGCACCGGGAGACCCACGGAGACGGGGACGAGGAGUGGUCGUCGUCGCGGCACCUGCUGAGCGGGGGCGGCGGAGGCAAGCUGCACCACCACCACCAUGUGUUGCUGGAGAACUCGAGUGCGUCGCUGAACGAUUCGGCGGUGGUGGUGAAGGACCCGCUGUUCCCGGAGGACCUGUUCACCCUGGAGCAGCGGCGCCAGGGCGCCGUGGCGCUGCACAUCCUCGGCGUCAUCUACAUGUUCGUCGCGCUGGCCAUCGUGUGCGACGAGUUCUUCGUGCCGUCCCUCGACGUGAUUAUCGAGAAACUGGACAUUGCGGACGACGUGGCCGGCGCCACGUUCAUGGCCGCCGGCGGCUCGGCGCCCGAACUCUUCACCAGUGUGAUCGGCGUGUUCGUGUCGUUCGACGACGUCGGCAUCGGCACCAUCGUCGGCUCGGCCGUGUUCAACAUCCUCUUUGUGAUUGGCAUGUGCGCCAUCUUCAGCCGGACGGUGCUCACCCUGACGUGGUGGCCGCUGUUCCGCGACUGCACCUUCUACUCGGUCAGUCUCAUCACGCUCAUCGUCUUCUUCCGCGACAACAACAUCUACUGGUACGAGGCGCUCACCCUCUUCAUCAUCUACCUCGCCUACGUCUCCUUCAUGAAGUGGAACCAGCAGGUCGAGAAGUUCGUCAAGCGCCAACUCAACAAGAACAAGGUCACGCGCGUCCGCAGCACCGACCAGUUGAUGCCUUCGCACCAGAGUGCAGCACAAGCCUUGCACGCGAAUGCAGCGACGUCGAGUCAAACGAGCGUCGGAGGCGGCUCGUUGAGCGGAGGUGCGCCGAGUGGGGCCCACAUGCCCGCUCACCAACACACCACCCACCAUCACGUUGGGGCACCCAUCUUGCACUCGGGCACUAAGUUCCGGCACGGCCUGCUCCAGCUCAUGAUCCACACCAUCGACCCGCUGCAUGACGACCUAUUUGUUCCAGGAAAGGUGGACGAGAAGGCGACGCAGCUGCACGCGAUCGCCUCGCUGAAGGUGCUGCUGGACGCGACCAAGCCGCAGAACGGCGCCGCCUCCAUGGCGAACCACGCGGGGGGCAGCGCCGGGGGCAGCACCUCGACGGCGCAGGCCGACAUCGGAGGCGGCUUGAGUCGUGGCCAGCAGGAGACCGAGCUGGCCGGCGCCGCCGACCAGCCGAACGGGGUCAUAGGUCAGGAGGAGGGCGCCGACCCGGCCCGUGAGCGAUUGUUACCUGCAACCUGUGAUACACCUCCAACAGUGCCAAGAGGUGGCCCUCGAAACCUCGUGAGCUCGCCUCUUAUCACCGAUAGUGCUGCCGCUGAUCAGACGGAUGAUGAAUGUAACAUGCCCGAAGACGAGCUAGAAGAGCCCGUCGAGCCGCUGGACAUCUCGUGGCCUAACACUUGGCGCAAAAGAAUCACCUACGUUCUGGUGGCUCCAAUCAUGUUCCCACUGUGGCUCACCUUGCCUGAUACUAGAAGUCCGAAAGGCAAGAAGUGGUUCCCUGUCACCUUCAUGGGCAGCAUAGUGUGGAUUGCGGCCUACUCGUACCUGAUGGUCUGGUGGGCCAAUAUUGCUGGCGACACUGUCGGUAUCCCGCCAGAGGUGAUGGGUCUGACCUUUUUGGCGGCCGGCACCUCGAUUCCUGAUCUCAUCACGUCGGUGAUUGUGGCGAGAAAAGGGUUUGGUGAUAUGGCUGUCUCCUCGUCUGUCGGCAGCAACAUCUUCGACGUCACAGUGGGACUCCCGGUGCCUUGGCUAAUCUACGGCAUGGUGUACCAGAGACCUGUAGAAGUGAACAGCGUUGGAAUGGUGUGCUCCAUCUCCAUCCUCUUCAUGAUGCUCCUGUUCGUAAUCAUGUCCAUCGCUUGCUUCCACUGGCGGAUGAACAAGGGUCUUGGCUUCACCAUGUUCUUGUUGUACUUUGUGUUCGUCGCCGUCUCGCUCAUGUUUGAGUAUGAAGUCAUCAUGUGCCCCUUUUAAAUGUAUUCAAAAGGAUCGAACUCUAUCACACAUAAUGCGACUCUAGAAAGGAAUUUUUCGUUAUAUCGUAUUAUAAUUAUUAUUAUUAUUAUUGUUGUUGAUCCAUAUAAUAGAUAUAUGAAUUUGAGUCUCAGAGAGAGAAGAAUAAUAAACGCUUCUUCGUGGCCCCCGGGGCGAUUGUGAGGUGACUAUACACGAACUCUGCCUGUUGAAAAAUGAUUCAGCGCGUGGUUUGUAAUACUUAUACGAAAACGAUAUCAAAUUUUUUCAUCUGAAUAAGAAUGAAACCCCGAGAAUGUGCGGUUAUACAUUAAUAAUUUUUGAAUUUAAACACAAGUUAAAAAUUACGAGAAUAAUACAUUCGAAUGGCCUACACAUAAUAAUAUAUAUUACAUAUAUAUUUCAAUGAUGCAUAUAUAUAUUAGAAAAAUGAACGCAUGUCUAAUUUCACACAUACACACUGCGGUGGACGAAGGAGAAAAGUUUGCGCACAUCAAAACUUUUUGCGAAAAAAUAUAUGUAUAAGAGAAGCCUCUCGAAAAAGAUCCAAAACAAAAGUGUUAAUUUUCUAACACGUCCAGAAACAUAAUCGUGCCAUUUUUCGUUGAGAUAAUCGUUGAUUUGUUUGCAAAGCAACAGUUGUUCAUUAGUUGUAACGAUUGCAUUGAUUUCAUAGAAGUCUUUAUGAUCACAAACUCACGCGCGCGUUGAUAAGGGAAAAUUAUUUCGGAAAACAGAUACACGAAAAUUGCUCUCUAGGUGAAGAAGCAAAAUCUCUCUAGUUGAUUUAUUAAUAAUUGUGUAAUCAUUGAGUGAUCAGGUAUAAAAGUGAGACAACAAAAAACUUGUACAUAUUUAACUAGCAAAACUGCGUAAAGUUAAUUAAUUAUAAUACAUAUUAUGUAAAAUUAGCUAAAAAAAAACUGAAGUGAAAAAAAACAACAUAAAACGGUUAUACACACAAGAUGAAGAGAGAGCAUUAAGUCUUGUUUUUAAUUUACAAAGUGAUACCAAAAAAGUUGUGAUUGCUUAGAUGUUAUUAAUUAACCAAUAACAGCCGACAAGAAAAAAAGUAAUGAAAGAAUUUAAGCAAAAAUUGAAUACUACGGACCGUCAGCCUCAUUUUUGAAAGGGCCGGCGGCCGCACAGCAGAAGAGUUUAGAUGGAAACAUAUUGUUUUGCGGGCUGAUGCUUUUCAAACGUCCUCUCAGUUCAGAUCCUUUGAGAAAGAUUUGUUCUUUUUCACAGGUCCGUCUGGGUUCAUUUUUGCAGUGGCGGACGGACAUUCAGCCAAAAUAAACUCAACUCUGUCCAAAAUAAAAGAGAAGAAUUUUCAAUUUCAUUUCACUUGGUUGAGGGGGUUUUGGCAACUUGAGCUGCCACUGCAAAGAAAAUUGACUUAAAAUAAAAUAAAACCUGUUUGGAAAAGUAAUAGCCUUGUCGACAACCCCUCGGGCUCGGAGGGUUAUCGAUGUUGCUCAUUUCUCUAAGUGUGUAAAUUGAAGAAAGAAAAAACUCUGAUCUCCUUGGUGUACUUUAUAUUUGAAUCGCAUUUGAUUGUUGUUGUCCGAUUGUUUAUUUUUGUAAAAAAAAAGUAUAAUACCACACGUUUCUCUGGAUUGGUGACAAAGAAGUAUAAGAAAUUUCAAAAUUGGUGCUUUCCUUAUUGACGUUUUCAUACACGUUAGGCGCAAUCGUAAACGAAAUAAAACCAUCCUGUUUGUUUUUGAAAAAUGCAAGAAAGACAAGUUAGACUUCAGAAAAGCAAUAAGCAUCAAGAUAAUUAUGUAUUAAUGAUAAUACUUAAAAAGGUUAUAUUAAAAUGAAAAAAUGAGGUUUAAAAAAAAUGGGUCAAAAAAUUUAUACACACAUGCUACCAUUACUGACCGCGAGUGAAUUAAUUAUUAAACAAAAUGUAAAUUAUGAAGAAAAGUCUUUCUGUGUGGUAAAUUCAACUGUCUAGGGCGACGUAACGCGCGACGAGAGAGCCAGUACACUAAAAAUAUAGAAGUCGGCAGAAAAACCCACACACGUGUUUGUACCAUAUAAUGAGAGCAUCAACAACUGCAGAUAUUUAUAAGCGUAUUUAAUAAGGGCAUAUUAUAGAGACUUAACUCAUACAAAGUAAUAUACGCAUAUACUCUUUAAGUUACCAUAAACAUACUAUAGGUGCAUUCUAUAGUACGGGUGCGAGAGAGAGUGGAAUAUUAAAAAUGCGCUGGAGAGACUAAUCCUGCUGAAUGUUCUUUUUGCGUGUUGAAGACUCAAAGCAGGUCAAAAAUGAUCUACAAUUAUUUAGACACGUGCGAAUGUUGUAACACACAAUUUAUUAACAAGUAAAUAUUAUUUCCCUUAAUGUCUCUCUCGUACUUUUCACAGCGUUGUGGAAUCUCACUUUUAAAAAAAAAUCUUGUCGCUGUUUCUCUAAAAACGAACUUUAGAGUGGAAAAAAACAAUACGCGCACCUUCUCUCAUACUGGUAAAAUUGCUAAAACCUGCUACUAUGAUACACACUAAUUAAUUGAUUAUUAAAUUACUACUUAAUUAUAUACUGACGAUCAUUAUUAUCUAUAUAAUAUAUAGCUACCUAGAGCAGGAUAACUCUAGAUAGGAUUGUUGUCUUUUUAUUACAACUUAUACUUGGAACACUCACGUGGUCGUUUGAUUGACCAACGAUUUUCGUUUUGUUUACUGUCCUUGAUCUGCAAAAACACUUUUGACUGUGCAUAAUGAUGUCCACUUAGUUAGGUGGAAAAAUUAUCCUGUCAUGUGUGCGUUUGUUCAUUGAUUGAAAUUAUAUAUUGACAAGUUGUCUGUUGGCCUCUAAACUGUUUGAGUUGAAAUAAUUACGUCUUUACUUGCAAAAACUAUAUAUUAUGAAUUAAAAAAAAGCGCUCUCAUUCAUUCUACUACUGUUGUUAAUUGUUGAUCUAAUUACGCAUGAUUCAUAAUGACGUUGGUGCAAGCUGCACAAACAAGUUUUAAAUUCUUAUAAUCUAAUACGAAUCUCUAUAUAUUAUAUAAAAUACUAGUACCUUAGACUGUGUGUGAUAUUUUUUUAGAUGAGAGACGCGUGGAUGCCCGUUGAUUAUUUACUAUGACGAGCUAGCAAGAGAGAGUGUACUGAGAGGAAUAAAAUUGUAAAACUCGUAAAGGUAUCUCACGUAGUAACAAAAAGUGAAAAAAUGUAUAAAAGUAAACAUCUCUCAAAUUUCGGAGCGCGAAACUCACUCAGCUCCAUGUAUCUCAUCUCUCUAUCUCUCAUUAUUGUCAACGUAUUCAACACACUUUCACGAACUCUUGCCACUUUACACAAACUGCAUAUAUUGUUGAGUUAAAAUAUUUAAAAAAAAAAAACUUGGAAAUUUUCACGUAAUAUAACACAGAAAAUCAACACACACAUUCACUUCAACGUAUAUAACGAAGAAAUUUUCUCUCGCCUCUCUUUCUAUGAAAAACGCAACUAUAUCAUAAUACACCUUAACUAUCCAUAAAAAUAUAAUUAAUUGCUGAUUUUCGAGGAAAAAAAUGUAAUCUCUAAUAUUAAAUCAACAAAAAAACUUUUCUGCUGCUAAUAUAAACUGCUGUUUAAAGAAUGUUAAAAUAUAUCACGAUAAAGCAAAGUAUUUGAAAAAAAAAGAUGAAUUUAAGGAAAUUUGAUAUUAACGUGUUUUAGUAAAAUCUACUUCCGUCAAAAUCAAUUUUUUUUUUUUAAUUUUCAGAGCAGAAUAAUCAUUCAACUUUAACAGCGACAACUUAACUGUGUUCUUAAAAACCAUAGUGUUGAUCACCCUACUUAUUAAAAUUCAUUCUAGAGUUGAAAUUAAAUCUAAAAUGAAGCUUUUCUGCUUUCCAGUGUUGUUACAAAAGCGCAAAAUUUGGAGAGUUGAUUUGAUUGGAAUAAUUAAUUAUUAAUCUUCACCUCCGCUGUUACGAGACAAUUUAAGUCGGGAAUUAUACAAAAAAAAAGAGAAUACCCAUCGCACAGAGACACAAAACAAACACACACAAAAACACACUCAGUAUGUCUGAUUAUUUCUCAGUAGUUGCAGGAGAGACGUGGAAAACAGAGAGCUGCUGAUUUUAUUGAGGCAUAAUUAUAUACAUACAUGACAUAAUAAACCAAAAAAGAAAACUAAAUGGAUGGCACACUUUUGUAUUUUGUAGCAAAUAUCUUCGUAUUAUUAAGUGCCUAGUAAUAAUGUUGAAAAAUAAUGAUUAUAUCUUGUAUAAUACAGUGUAAGACAGAUUAAUCAUUGAGACAAAUUGAUCCGUUCCCCGUCUUGAUUCCCGACCCUUUUCUCGCUCUCUCUAAAACCCCAAACAUUUUCGCCUCUUUUCCCCAAUUUUCUGCAACCUGCAUACUGUAUUGAAGCCAAAUUUCCACGCGGUUCUUUUGGUAGGAAAAAAAAUGAUUGCACAUAUCAGGCGUCUCUAAUCUCUCUCAAAUUUGAUCAAUCGUUUCGUGGAAAAGUGAUGGGCCAAUUUUUCAGCCUGAUUGCAGUUCGUACGCAAGCAGGGCUACCUAGACAAGAAAUGAAUGAAUGAUCGUUGUUUCUUGGAUCAUUGCUAAAUAAUCAAAAUUCGAACGCUGAUGACUUAACUCUCAAUAAUAAUAUUGAAAAACUGUCGUAGCGCGGCGUAGUGACUCUUCCUGGGACGAAAUGACAACUAGGCCUAUGGUUGCAUACAGUAUGACUUUUUCAUUCAAAUUUCCUGGUAUUGAGAUUCGGUUGACGUAGUUCACGCUGUAGUUUUAUUAUCGUUCUAAGAAAAGAAAAAUCAACCCAUCAUCCUCUCUAUCUCUCUCAUUCCACUUCUAUCGAUAAACUAUCUAUCAACUUCUUGGAAACUCUUUUUAAACGCUCUAAAAUUUAACAUAAAACUUUCUCUCUUUCUCAUGCAUAUAUUAGAGGCAUUUUCUGGUUUUGCAUCGACAUAUACGCGGUUCGUUGACUUUCCAACUUGUUUCGGCCUUUUCAAAUUAUUCCUUCCUUCUCAUGUGAGUGUUUUCCUUCCCACCUAUCCACUUGCGUUUUCACAUUUUUGUGAGAUGCAUUUUUGUUGACAUAAUGCAUUAUUUACAUAUGAUGAGCAAGAAUAUAAUAAUUGUUUUUAAAGUUAA